AUGUGGGCAGAAACUUCUCAGGUUCCACUAGAACGAGAGGCCAAUUCGCGAGCUAUCUCGGUCGCCUCGGAUGAUGGUGAUAAGGAUGUCGUUGAUCGAGGAUAUCUGAGCAUCGAGACAGCGCAGACUUAUUUGAAUGUCUUUCAGACCGUGAUGACUCCCCAUUUCCCUUUCGUGAUCAUCCCGCCAAAUGUAUCAAUGCACCACCUCCGCCAGGACAAACCAUUCCUGUUCCUCGCCAUCCUUGCUUCUGCUUCCUAUGAAAAUAUGCCGCUGCAGCGAUCUCUCGGAGGCGAAGUGAAAAAAGCCGUUUCUGCUCGCAUGAUCCUAAAUGGAGAGGUCUCAUUUGACUUGCUGCAAGGGCUGUUGGUGUUCUUGGCAUGGUAA